UAAGCUAAAGCUCCUCCAAUGAUGACCCCUCUCGCUCGCUCGCUCGCUCGCUCGAGCUCGGUUUUAAUAAGAUCCUCAAUCCAAGGAAAGGUUCUGUAUACUGACACGAGAAGAUGAGAUGAUAUAAACAAGUACUUUCUUCUCGAAAUGCGUCUUGAAUCACCCAAGAAACGUGUUUCCUGAGCAAAGUUUACAGCUUUCUUUUGAUUUCUGUGCACAUCAUUUACCAAUACUGAAACUUUUCAAAAGAUUUAUAAAAAUAAAUCUCAAAUCACUCUUCUUUCCCAAUGGAGGUUCAAGCUGAGAUGGAGCCUAGCUCGUCCGUUAGAAAAGUUUCUGAUCGAUUUAGGACAGAGGGGGAAACAAUUACUGGUUUAAUGGAUUCGAGUUUAGUCUCAGCUGUUUCAUAUGGCAUUGCUUCUAUGGCAAUGGUUUUUAUCAACAAGGCUGUGAUUAUGCAGUAUCCACAUUCCAUGACUGUUCUUACCCUCCAGCAAUUGGCUACUUCUUUGCUUCUACACUUUGGAAGACGAAUGGGAUACACAAGAGCCAAAGGAAUCGAUUUGGCCACUGCCAAAAAGCUUCUCCCGGUUUCUAUCUUCUACAAUGCUAAUGUUGCAUUUGCUCUUGCAAGCUUGAAAGGAGUUAAUAUUCCAAUGUAUAUCGCCAUUAAGAGACUCACUCCACUCGCUGUUUUGAUUGCCGGGGUUCUGUUUGGUAAAGGCAAACCAACAACUCAGGUUGCUCUAUCUGUACUACUGACCGCUGCAGGUUGUGUAAUUGCAGCUCUUGGAGAUUUUUCUUUUGAUCUUUUCGGGUAUGGUUUGGCUUUAACCUCUGUCUUUUUCCAGACCAUGUACCUAGUGUUGGUUGAGAAGUCUGGUGCAGAAGACGGACUUACCUCGAUCGAGAUUAUGUUUUAUAACAGCUUCCUUUCUCUCCCAUUUUUGUCCUUCCUCAUCAUAGUUACCGGGGAAUUCCCAAACUCUCUAUCGCUAUUACUUGCAAAGUGUUCUUAUUUGCCGUUCUUGGUGAUUCUCAUUCUUUCACUGGUUAUGGGCAUUGUCCUCAACUUCACCAUGUUUCUUUGCACCAUUGUGAACUCUGCACUAACAACAACCAUCGUUGGUGUCCUCAAAGGCGUUGGUUCCACUACGCUCGGUUUUGUCCUCCUGGGUGGUGUUAAAGUACAUGCUUUAAACGUCUCCGGUUUAGUGGUCAACACAGCUGGUGGUGUGUGGUACUCAUACGCCAAGUACCGACAGAAAAAGGCUAAACCGGCUAAGCUACUGUCUGAUUUGGAAGCUCACAAAAAAUGAGAAUCCGAUUUGGUUUACUCUCAUCAUGUAUCUCCUUGUCCAAAAAGUUAUAUUUUUGAUACUUGUAGAGGGUUUGGUUUCUUUUUGGAAGGCAAAGUCGGUACCAGACUUUGCCACUCAAACAAAUGAUGAUUAGAAAGAAAAUAACCAAUGUAUUAGAUAGUUGAACCAGGAAAACCGGUUUAACGAGAAGCUUUCUACAAUUACCAAUAGCUUCAGUCUUCA